CUUCCAGGUCAAUGAGAGCCAGCAACAGCUCCGUCUGAACAACAGAUCCUCUCUUUCUCUCUCUGGUUUUCUCUUAUACCUCCAUCUCUGUGUUUUUUUUUCCUUCCAUACUCGCUCCUCUUCCAUAUGUUGAAAUCCACAGUCAUCUUAUUUUAGAAACACUACCCUCCUCCUCUGCUUCCUCCUCUUCCUUCUCUCUUGCCGUCCUCUCUUUUUGAGUUUUGACUCCCUCUCUUUUUGCAAACACACACACACACUCAGAGGAAAAAUGAAGCGUGGGUCGAGUGUGUUGCAUCCUCCUUCUGUUGCAGCCAAACGACACACACACCCUGCAAACGCACACACACACACCAGUCAUGAGGAUGCUGCUGCUGGCUGCUUGUCCGGUGUACCCGGCACACGUUCUGAACACACACUGGACGUACGCGCCGCUGCAUGUUCCAGUCCCUUCCCAGCAGCCACUUCUCUGUUCAGCCCUGAUGUCAGUACCAAGAUGGCGUCUGACCUCCUCAUCAGACUGUCAGAAGCUACUCAGAAAGCCCAGAUGCAUCCUGGGAGCAGAGCGGAGGCGGAGCCCCAGAGGCAGGAGGCCCGUGGAGGUCAGCAGGACGAACCGGGCCUGGCUCUGUCUCCGGACGGCCCCGGGGCCAGUCCUGAACCCCCGUCCCUGUCGCACACACCGGACAGCACCGUGGCAACAGAUACACUGGCUUCAGAGCUGCUGAGGAAACUGGCAGAGCGUCAGGAGGUCAACAGCCAUGUGGUGAGGGUCAAAGAAGAAGAGGAGCCAAUGGAAGUGGACACACUGGCGCCUUCCAACCUCAUCCAUAACGGGUCGACUGGAGAAAAAAUGGCCCCGUUGUCCCACACUUUGGUGAGCCGUCACCUCUUCAGCGUUUCAACAGAUGACAAAAGUACUGGUGGAAGACAGACACCUGAACUGUUCCAGCCUGGAGUCCAGAUGGUGGACCGUCGUCUCCUUGGCCUUAAAAUAGAAGACAAACUUUACGGCUCAACACGGGUCGACGGAGGGGUUUCUGGAGCCAACAGAGGAAACAAGUUUGAUCUGAAAGUAAAAAAGGAGAACAGCUGUGUUACUGGAGCCAAGAUGAUGGAGCACCUUCUGUCUGGAGCCAAGGCUGAGGACCAGUUUGUCUUUACAGUGAACCCGGCUGAGCAGCCUUUCACUGGAGCCAAAAUUAACAACAAGUUUGUGUGUGAAAGUGAGGGUCACAUUGUGUCAGGAGCCCAGACAGAAAAGCAGCUGAAGACAGAGGAACAGCUCUGCUUUGGAACCAAGAUGGAGGAGCAGUUCACCUCUGGAGCCAAGAUGGCCGACCAGUGCCUCAGAGCUGUGCUGUGGCAGGACAUGUCGGUCAACUUAGCCUCAACUCUGCUGCACCAGCUGUCAGAGAGGGUCAGUAAAUCCAACAGCCAGCUGGUGCAGAGGACCAUGACUCCUGUCAGAAGCAGUCCUUUGUUGGGUGUGAAUGUGGACCAGUCUUGCUCCUCCCCACCUUUGAAUUCCCUCACACCUCCACCAGACAGAUGCCUCGAUAUUGAACUGCCAAAUCUUACAGAAUAUGGGGUGGACAUGCUUUCUGGGAGGUCCAUGUCUAAAAAAGAGAUCCAAAGCGGCCUGAGCACAGAUCAAACCACAGGUUGUUCCUACUUCUACAGGUGUCACGUGUGUGGAUUUGAGACUGAGGGGCGUGGCCUCUUCCAGAGUCACAUGACAGAGCACCGCCAAUGGGAGCGCGGGUCCUUCUCGCUGCACUGCUGCACCUGUGACCACCUGACCAAUCAGGAGCAGAGAUGA